AUGGAGCCCAAAGAACGGCAUUCUCUCCAGAAUGAGAAGCGUCAACAGUAUACCACACCUCAGGCAACUUUGGUGCCAAGAAAACGCUUCGUUCGGUACAAUUCUGUGCUUAGAAGAAGAGGACCUUUGAGUAACGAUCGCUUACUGGAAAAGAGAGUUUUAAAGCCCAAUAAAGCUAGUUUAGCUACGCCAGAUAGUAUAGAAACGUUGCAAUGGGCUCAGAAGUUCAUCACAAAGGGCCGAAGUUUGUUGAAGUCGGUUAAGAAUGAGGAUUUGCAAUUUCAAAGGGAACUUGAGCAAAACGAGAUGCGCACGAAAGCGCAUGAAAGAUAUGUAGCUGGUCUUUUGCAAGAAGUGGACACCGAAAAUUCACAUGUUUUGGAAGACGGUGAUCGUUUUGCAGACUCUCAACGCUACGGAACCGAUACGUCCUUUAAAAACUACGACGAGACAAUAAAUGCCAGCCUAGCUUUCACGGACCUUGCAGCAUCCGAUAGCUACUCUGAAAAGUCACCCGAGGUACCCGAGACUUAUGAUACCUCUGGAGAGAGCGAUGAAGUGGUAAGUCAAGAAGAAGAGGAUGACUAUGAUGAUGAUGAUGACGAAGACGAAGACGGGUACGCGAACAAUCAACCUUAUGGGUAUGAGGAGCGCCAAGUAUCUACCGGAGAUAAUGGGCCGAACGGUGAGGAUGAUGUUAUCGAAAUUCUUAGCGAAGAAGAAUCAAGUGCUGAGAGGCCACUUUCUACCGCAACUCAGCUCGGAGACGAACGCGAUGAAGACAGCUCCGAUUUGCCAGAAGACAUGGAUUCAGACAAUGUACAAGAGGAAUUCUCUGAAGAAGACGGCAGAGGCAUCUUUCACUCUGACGAUGAAAACGAGGAUGACGAGCUUUCUGAAUCCGGUGUCCAUAGCGAUGAGAAAGCAUCAGAACUCGAUUCAGAGGCUGAAAAUGCCGUCUCAGUAGACGCUUCUAGAAAGUCACAAAGCGAGGCCCUAAACCAAAUUGAUUCUGGCUUCAAUGACGAAAAGAUGGAAUUAGACAACGGUGAGGAGCAUGAAGAAGAUUCUCUUUUCGAUGGGGAUGACAGAGCUGAUCAAGAUUCCGGUGUAUUUGACAGCGGCAACCUUCCACAGGUGAAUCAACACGGAAUCCCACCAGCAUUUGACUUUGCAAAAAACGAAAAUGAAGUUGAUCUGGUAAGUAGCCAAGAGGAAGGGAGCUGGUCGUCACAGGAGAGUCUACAUUCUGAAGCAAGCGGAGGUUUGACCGGCGAGGAAGACACAGAAAAUUCCGAAGAUUUUGAUGGGGAGAAACUGGGUAGACCUCAAAAAAUUGUCGAGCAAGUGUCACUUGAAGCCGUAGAGGAGUCUGAAAAGGACGAUGAGAAUGCUUGGAAUUAUGACCCCAAUUUAAUCAAAAAUCGAGAGCUGCCCGUUGGUUCUGAAGCUGCAUUCGAGUUCGACUAUACAAAUAUAGCCAGGGACGCCUUCAGUCAAAGAGACCCAGCUGACACAGCUAACACCAAUGAAACAAUUCUUGCAUCACCAGUAAUCGCAGAUUCCUACAAUUCCGCUGUACAUCCCGAGAGUGACAACAGCCAUGCGGCUAAAACUCUGGGAUUUGAAAACCAUCAACUUGCACAUGCCGGUGACAGCGAAGGAAAUGCUUCAGAGAAUGAGAGCGGUAGCGUUAAGAGUGAGGCUGAGAGUAGCCACAUUCUGAUAGAGAGAGUUCACGAAGAGGCGGAGCAUCAACUACCCCAGGACAAUUUAGCGGACGAUGAAAAGAUUGACGCUUCAACGGAAGAAGCAUCUCAACUAAACGCAGGCCAAUCUUUGCAAAACCAGACCGAGGGCCAGACAUUAGAAUCUUUGGAGAAUGUUGGCGCGGAAUAUUUUGCAGGUUUUGAGGGAGUUGACAUGCAAAAUCCACGUCAACUUGUACCGGAAGACACAUCAUUCCAUUUCGAAAGCAAUGCCAACAAAAGUGUCACUACAGCUAUUGGCGAUACGACUUACUAUUCAUGUGGAGACGAGGCCAAACCUAUGUCUGUCCUACAUGACCUAGACCAUGCGGAAAAUAAGCCUGCCAAAGGUGCUAACGGCACCAAGUACAACCUGGUAUAUUCAGAGUCACUUUACAGCGAAUCUGAAGAUGGUAAUACCGAAGAUCUGGCACAAGGUCAUUCGACCGAUUACAUCUCUCCUUUUUCAAGUGAUCCAUUCUCAGUUAAAAAUAUCGAUGCAGAACUCAAGAUAGUAAAGGAACUUAUUGGAGGGCUGAAAACUGCAAGUCGGAAAAAAGCGACGGAUAAGGUGGCUGAAUCAGCCGAGAAUGAAGCUGUACAGGAGCCCGAGGUUCUUCUUGAUGCGAGUCUGAAAUCAGAAAUCCCUGCAAUCUUAGAAGACCUCAGUUUCAGUGCCCAGAAAAGGGAUUCCAGUGAGGGGACGCACGAGCAUACAAAUGCUCAACGGGCGAGAGACGAUACGGCCGACAGUCACGAUGUAAAAUUCUCACCUGGCAUCGGAACCGGUGAAAUCUCAGGCGAGAUUUUUGACCACCUUACUGAUAUACAGACCGUCCACGGCGUUGAAGCGAAAAAGUCAAAAACAGAAGAAGUUUCAUCAGUUGAGAAAGCUGUUAUCUAUGCAGAGCGUGAAUGCUUUACUACGAGGCCAUCAGAGGAGUCUUCGAAGCCUCGUUCAAGGGAAAGUAGUCCUCCAGUUGAGGACCAGCUGAAAGACAUCGAAGACCAAGACACCAUUUUAGUCGAAGAGAUUUUGAAUGAAAGGGAGAGCUACACCACCAUCUAUACAGAACCUGACGUUUCGAUGGUUGAGAGCGAAAGGGAACAAUCCAAUUUUGCUGUGUCUAAUAUUUUCGAGACUUCGUCGUCCGGAGACGCGGACUCUGCUUCUCUGGAUGAUCUUCAGAGCCAAAGCUUGAAGGAAAGCUUGGAAGCGCAUAACUUGAGGAAUUCUGAGAGUGAUGCGCCAGCAGACGAUUUGCACGAUAAUGUACCAGCUGAUGCUUUGCACAUUGACGCGCCGGCUGGUUUGCAUGGUGCAGUCCCAUCAGAUAGUUCGCAUAGUGCUGAGUUUGAUAUCACGGCUUCUACAAAAAUAAAGGAAGAAACACCACAACGUGCUGAUGAUUAUAAGCCGCCAAAUUCACCGAAGAGCGUUUUGUCAAACAAUGAGAGAUCUGAGAGCUUGGUAGUGGACGAGAAGGUUGGCAUUGAAAGUGAGAUUAGUGAAGAUAACUCAGAAGACGCCUUGAGCUUCAAAACUCCGCGCCCUCAAGACAGUGACAAAUGUUUAGAAAACUCUAAUUAUGAGACCUCAACAACGAGUGGUGAUGGCUCUCUCAAGAGGACACGCGAAGAGGACAUUGAGUAUAGUCCGCGCAAAAAGCGUAGCUUCUUCCAAAAUACCCUGCACUCGACGGCGGAUCGGUUGAUUAGAGCUAAGGCCGUUCUCAUCGACAUGCCCGGCAAAGUUCGGCGAAUCAAAGUUGUUCCUGAAAGAACCUCCAAGCUCGCUAGGAAUGCAACUGCUGUCGGUAAUUAUCUAGCUCAGAAGCCUCUCGCGCUCGCCACCAAUUUGAAAGCGACGGUAGAGGAAUUGACUGGGAGAGCUGAGCAUCGUAUUACAACUGGCUUAAGAAACGAAAUAAGGGCUUUGAAGGCGAAGACUUACAACGACAGACUCCUGCAAAGUCUGGAGCAUUUCGACUCCACUAUUGAUGAUGGCGAGUUCAGCGGUACUAGUGACGAGAGUAGUGACGAGAGUAGUGACAGCGAUGAACGUAGCGGGCGCAAGGGCGAGGUGUCAGCUAAAAACGAAGAAGAAGACAAUGGCGAUGAUGAUGAUGAAAAAGAAGAUGAUGAUGAUGAAGAUAAUGAUGAUGAAGAUGAUGAAGAUGAUGAUGUUGAUGUUGAUGACGAAAAGGGUAUUUCGAUUUCGAGCUCCUCGGAUCAAACCGACACGAGCAUGUCUGCGGGGGAUCUUACGGACAGCACGUUUCGCGGUUUUGAUGAUUCUUUCGAGGGUUUUGGAGACGAGGGUGAGAGUAAUGCGUCACCGGCCCAUUCAGGUCAACCAGAAGUUUCGGAUCAAGACCUAUCUAAAAGCAGUGAACCUAGAUCGGCCGGCGAACCUGAAGAAGAAAUACUUUUAGGCGAAUCAGCAAAGGAACAACAAAGUGAAGAUGCUUCAUCUCCGCAACACGAUGAACCACGAUCUGAAGACGACCUCCGUUCCACAGACUCUGACGAAAGUUCAAUAGAUCCUGCCACCAUUGAAGUUGACAUGAGCAUCAAUUUGAUGAGCACCCCUGACGAUUCUGACUAUCCUCUCAGCGAAAGCAUAACGAGUGACACCGAUUCCAGCAGUUCGUCUGGCCCACCUCCAAAUGCUCUCGCGAGACGUAAAAUUCGCAAGCGUGUCAGUAAAAAAGGUCGUAAAACUCGAAUUUGA